UAUUUGCCUUGGAAAAAAAAAAAAAAAAAAAAAUUUGCGGCACCUCGGCACUUUUCUGUUAUCUUUGCCGCCGCUGCAAUAAGGGGAGAGAAAUAUGUUGGAGGCGAAGAGUCUGCGAAAGGCGGCGGUGCCUUCUUCUCUACUGGAGUAUCCCUCUCCUGGCAACCUACAGUCUACUCGACUUGCCGUCAAUGUUAAUGGAGACGGUUCUUCGUGCUGGGUCUACAUCGCUUCCGGAUGCUACAUUUACAAGAUCCAGAUAUCGAUGGAAGAUUCUUUGGUCAAUUGUGGAAAGGAAAGCCUCCUGAUCCCUGAACAAACACAGGUUAUGCACUCUUCAUUAGUUAACCGCUGCCCUCAUAGAUCAGAAAUUCAGAGUGUAGUGCUUGCCGAAACUGAGAGCGCUGGCUGCUUGCUUUUGGGAAGUGUGGAUUCUUAUGGUCACCUCAUUGUGUCUAAACUGGAUCCUAGUGGUGAAGAUGUUGAUAGGCUUACUUUUUCAGUCCUGCCUCAGGAUUAUGGUGUUGGAGAGGGUGGUUGGUCAGGUCUUUCCUUCAGUCCAAUUCAAUGGUCCAUGGCAGCCAUGGCACGCAGCUUUUGCAAAAGCAUUGAUGUAUAUGACCAAGACAUUCAUUUACGGACUCUACGUACGUUGUGGUACCCAUCUUCAUUAGGCUUUAUACAGAGUUCAUGCAAUGGGAAUGAAAGUUCUUUAUUAGCUGUCACGGAAGGUUGCCAGCUGACUUUAUGGGACUUGAGAAUGAAAGAAAAUGGUGGUUGUGUGCAUAGAAUCUGUGGUUCUGUAGGGGAUAUCUUAUAUUCAGUCUGCAGUUCUUCAACUGGUAAUGUUGCUGUUGGUGGAGCUGAUCGUACUUUGACCAUAUAUGAUCCUCGCAGAUGGACAGCGAUAUCAAGAUGGGUGCACUGCUCAAAAUAUGAGAUAACUGGACUUGCAUUCUCAUCGAUAGAUUCUGAUUAUAUCUACAUACAAGGGGUUGAUUAUGAGGUUUUAUGUGGACAGUGGAAAGAAAGCAAGAAAGAAUUUUCAUUUAGAGGAGAUUCAAACUGGCUUGGAUUUAGUAAGUGUCCCAACAAGGAUGUUUUGGGGGGAUGGUGUGAUUCAGGAAGCAUCUUUGUUGCUGAUGUCCAUAAGGGAAGCGAAGCACACAUGGUUGAAGGUUUUGCAAAUUGAUCACCCUCUUGAAAACUUGUGCUGUCUGCCCACCUCCCUAGUUGCUUUUCACUUGUUGAACCAUUCAACAUGUCAAAAAAAUUGAUUAAACAUACUGCUUUUAUCAUCAGUUACACAAGUAGUCGCCUUUUUACAAGUCAAGCCAUUUAGUUAAUGUUUGGUUAUCCAUUCCACAAAAAAAAAAAGAAGGAAAUUUUGUUACAGCUUCAUUGGUGGGGUUUAACCCUGUUACUGGAACAUACAUUUUGAAAGGUAAAGAUUGAUGCAUUGUUAAUUACGUGUAUUCUAGCAACUAUGUACUUAUAAUUUUGCAGCCUGGAUGUAGAUCUCUGGUAGUGUGUACGCUACGCAAUUCUACCCGGUCACAACAGAAGGCCGAGUGCAAAGGACAUUGAACUAAAUUUGAAUUUUGCUGUUAGCCUUGUGCAUUUAAGUUGGGUGAAUGUUCUCAACAUUUGUUGAAUAUGUUCUCUUUUAGUUCAAUCUCUCUGCUUGGUAAAAAUCUGUUCAUAUUUUGAUGGCCCGCCCGUAGGCUCAUUUGGAGAUGAUAUUUGAUUUAACAGGGGAGAAAUGAAGGGGAAAAAUUGUUAGGAGAGAAGUAGAUGGUGUUAAUUAUCUUUUUCUUGUUAUUAUUUAUUUGGAUUAUUGCAAACAAAAUAAUGAAAUGAUUGUUUUAUGAUAA